AUAAAAUCAUUACGCAGAAAAAAAAUCAGUACACAUCAGUGUGUGAAAAGAUUGCAUAUUUGCGUAUAACGAAUGACAAUCUAAGGUAUCGACUGACUGCUUCCACGACUAAAAUGAAAGUUCUCCUGGCAAAUGAUGGCAGCAAAAUCGCCAAAGACGCUUUGGAAUGGUACCUACAGAACCUUCAUAGGGACGACAACAGACUAUACAUAGUACACGUUGUCGACAGUCGGUACGGGUUUGAAAACAAAGACCCUGUAGUACCCGGAGAUCAACACUUCUUUGUUUUGGUCCACAAUGAGAAAGAAGACAAAGCAAAGACGCUCUCUGCUGAAAUGGAGACCUUUUUAAAAGACAGUAAAAUAAGCGGAGAGGUAAACAUUUUGUAUGGUGAUGCAGGUGAAGAAAUUGUGAAAAGAGCCUCCGAGGUCGACGCAUGCCUCGUGGUCACUGGCACCAGGGGAAUGGGCGUCAUCAGACGGACGGUAUUAGGAAGCGUCAGCCAGUAUGUCCUACCCUGUAGCAAUCUACACUGACAAAUGUUUCAAGGGAAAAAAGUGAUAACACCUGAAAUGCCGAAGUGUAUAUCUAGUGUGUAUAUUUUGUCUUCAUACAAGUAUAUAUGUCUGUUGGUGAUAUUUCUUUUUUGAAAGUUUCAUUUUUUGACAACUUAGACUCUUUUGAACGCAAUUUGAAAAUACAGAUCAGUUAAUAUCUGUCUUCUCUUUCCUUUAAACCCAGUUAGACAAAACAUUCUUUCGCUUUGUGUUUCUAUUUUCUCCUCCCCUUCCUCUUUUCUCCUCUUGUAGUCUCCAUUGAAGUCAUAGAGCCAAUGCCCUAUACAUGUGUAAUUCAAAAUUUGAUUUACGAACUCUCCAUGUACACAUCUUGCAUGCCUUACUUGGCAGCUUUGUGAUUUUUUGUGAUUGAUGUUAAUAUUGCCUGGUUUCCGUAAUAAUCCUUGUGGUCCAUCCUCUUCCUUAACACAUCUCUGACUACGUUAUCAACUACUUUUUUAAAAUCAAUGCAAUUUGUGUAAAGUGAACCGUUCUAUUACAACACGCAAGAAAGCCAUUUAAUCCAUAUUUGUCAGACCCUGCUUUGUGUCUGCCCUUUUCAUCUCCUGCAUCUCCUACGUUUCAAAUCAAACAUUGGGGAGCGAAAUUUAUUAGAAGUCUGAACUUGUCAUGUAUUAUCCAAAACAAUAUUUCUGUUUUUGAAGACUGCGAUUUAAUCAAGUUGAUAUGCAGCGAUAUUCUGUGUUUGUUUCCUCUGGACAUGCCAAACUUUUACUUGUUUCUUCUGUUUUAAACAUUGUCGCCUUUCAGUUGGAAAUUUAUAUUGUCGACAGUCAAAAUAUAUUUUGAACACGUACCAUUUAUACUUCAAGCAGUUCUAAAUAAAUGCUUCUAUUGAA